AUGGCGAUUGGAAUCCACAUGCAUGCAGGGGCCCUUUGCUUAGUGCUACUGUCAUCUGUUCAAGUCACAGCUCUGGACUGCAACUUUCUGAAAGUCCAACAACAAAGAUUUAAUUUGCAGAGUUUGAAGCUGUGGAAAGAGAGGAGCGCAAAGUUUCCUUCAGCAUGCCUGAAGGAACUGACUGCAUUCAGUUUUCCUUCAGAUAUCCUGGAAAUAAGUGAAUCACGGCUUGCCAUGAUAGCAGUCUACGAAAUACUUCAUGGAUUCUUGAACAUCUUAAGACGUGAUCUACUGGGAACUGGCUUGGAGGUCACACAAAGGAAGAGGUUUCUUCAGAUGCUGCAUGCACAAACUGAAGUUAUCGAAAGGUGCCUCGAGGAAAGAAAAGUUACACUGAGAGGUGCAAAGGGAAGGAAAACCGUUCUGAGACUGAAGAGGUAUUUUCAGAGGAUCAUAACUUUUAUCAGAGAGAAAGAACGCGGAACAUGCAUCUGGGAGAGCCUGCAGCUAGAGAUCAGGACCAGUUUCACAUACAUUGACAUACUGACAAAGAGGAUGAACAGCUAG